CAUCAUCAUCAUCAUCAUCAUCAUCAUCGUUAUCCUUCUUCUUCUCCAGCUGGGUUCCCCAAAAGCCUGCAGUUAUUAUUGUUAUCCUUCUGCUUCUCCUUCUCUUCCAGCUGGGUGCCUCCCAAGCCUUUGCAGUGCUUGCAGCCAACGUGUGUCCCUUAAGAGGGACUGGGAGCGCUAGGGCCGGCCUUCCUUCUCUUCCUCCUCCUCCUUCUUCUGCUGACAGAGAGAGAGAGAGGCGGGGAAGGAACGUGCCUAGUCCUGCGAGCCCCAGGGGCUGGCCCUGUUAUGUAGCCCAGGCGGCCAAUGGGCAGCUCCAGCACCAGCAGCAUCACCAGCAGCAGGAGGCCUAGGAGGAGGAGGAGGCUGCGCUCCUGCAUCAAUCCCUCUCUGUCUGCUGCUGGAUCCAGUGCGAGGCAGAGGAGGCUCCCAGGAUGGCCGCUUUUCCCCUGGGCUCCGUGGUGACUCGCCCUCCGGGCCUUGGCAACCCUGGCUGCUCGGUGCACUGGUUCCGCCGGGGGCUGAGGCUCCACGACAACCCGGCCCUGCAUCAGGCAGCAGGGGGCCCCCUCCGCUGCAUCUACAUCCUGGACCCCUGGUUCGCCGCCUCUUCCUCGGUGGGCAUCAACCGCUGGCGGUUUUUGCUCCAGUCUCUGGAAGAUUUGGACAACAGUUUAAGAAAACUCGGCUCCCGCUUAUUUGUAGUGCGAGGCCAGCCAACAGAUGUUUUUCCAAGACUCUUUAAAGAAUGGGGAGUGACCCGUCUCACCUUUGAGUAUGACUCAGAGCCCUUUGGAAAAGAGAGAGAUGCAGCUAUAGUGAAGUUGGCUAAAGAAGCUGGAGUAGAAGUGAUAACAGAGAACUCGCAUACACUUUAUGACCUUGACAGGAUAAUUGAGCUGAAUGGACACAAACCUCCUCUCACUUACAAGCGUUUCCAGGCCAUCAUUAGUCGCAUGGACUUGCCCAAGAAGCCAAUUGCCUCCAUAACGCAUCAGCAGAUGGACUUGUGCAAGACAGACAUCCAAGACAAUCAUGAUGAAACCUAUGGAGUUCCAUCCCUGGAAGAGCUGGGUUUCCCCACUGAGAAUCUUGCUCCAGCUGUUUGGCAAGGAGGGGAGACUGAAGCAUUAACUCGCCUGGAUAAGCAUCUGGAAAGAAAGGCUUGGGUUGCAAACUAUGAACGGCCACGAAUGAAUGCCAAUUCAUUGCUGGCCAGUCCAACAGGGCUUAGUCCGUACCUUCGGUUUGGUUGCUUAUCCUGCCGCUUAUUCUACUAUCGGCUCUGGGAGCUCUACAAAAAGGUGAAGCGGAAUAGCACUCCACCACUCUCCCUCUAUGGCCAGUUGCUCUGGAGAGAAUUUUUUUAUACGGCUGCCACAAACAAUCCCAAAUUUGAUCGCAUGGAAGGGAACCCAAUCUGCAUUCAGAUCCCAUGGGACAGGAAUCCUGAAGCUUUGGCAAAGUGGGCAGAGGGAAAAACAGGCUUCCCUUGGAUUGAUGCUAUCAUGACACAACUGAGACAGGAAGGCUGGAUUCAUCACCUGGCACGGCAUGCUGUGGCCUGCUUUCUGACCAGAGGUGACCUGUGGAUCAGCUGGGAGUCUGGCGUGAGGGUAUUUGAUGAGCUGCUACUGGAUGCAGAUUUCAGUGUGAAUUCAGGCAGCUGGAUGUGGCUUUCAUGCAGUGCUUUCUUCCAACAAUUCUUCCACUGCUAUUGCCCUGUUGGCUUUGGCCGGCGCACAGAUCCCAGUGGUGACUACGUCCGACGAUAUCUACCCAAGCUGAAAGGGUUUCCCUCACGCUAUAUCUAUGAGCCCUGGAAUGCUCCUGAAUCAGUGCAGAAGGCAGCAAAAUGUGUCAUUGGGGUAGACUAUCCUAAACCCAUGGUGAACCAUGCAGAGACCAGCCGACUGAAUAUUGAGCGCAUGAAGCAGAUCUACCAGCAACUAUCGCAUUACAGAGGCCUUUGCUUAUUGGCUUCUGUCCCUUCCUGCAUGGAAGACCUCAGCAACCCAGUCACAGACCCUUCCUUGAGCCAGGGAAGCUGCACCAAUACAACAUUGAGGCAGACUCAUUGUGGCCAGACGUCUCCAAAACGGAAGCACGAUGUUAUAGAGGAACAUAAUGAAGAGUUGUACAAACGAGCAAAGGUGAUGGCUCCACAAAUUCCAGUGAAUCCACGGCAAUAAAUUGUUCAUAUUGAAAUGGGAAAUUAACAAGGCAAGAAAUAUAUUUUGGAAUGGCUGCUACAGUGGUUGAGAAGAAUUUCUGCCAGAAGGAUUAGAACAUUGACUAACUACAUUAUAUCUCUUAAGUGUGUGGAUGUUUAACACAGCUGCAAUACCACAACUCUUAAACUCCUGUGCAGGAUGCAGUGAGCAAGGUUUAUUAAUAAGGAGAAAGUGUUGGAAAAGAAAUCUCUGGCUCUCCUGAGAGACAGUUGGAAUCAGCUCACAAAAGACUUGGGAUAAUACUUUGAAUUCCAGUUACCUCAGAUGUGCUCCGUUUACCAUGCAAAAUACUUCAUGGUGCUUUCUCACCAUAGCUCCAGGAGCUGCAACUAUUAAACACUCCAGAACACAGUCUCUUGACAUUUGAGCAAAAUGCAAGAGCAUAAUGCAUCGGAUGGUUAUCAAUAAAAAUGUGUGGUUAGCCUAAGCGUAGCAUGUGUUGAUGUAUAUAAAGGGACAAUAUAGUAACAGCAAUGACCAAUUUGAUGUAUAGCACUAACAGUGGCAUUUGGAUGGUGGGAAUGUCAGUAACAGUGUGUUAGACCUAAAAGACCAGUACAGCUCUUCCACUGCAUAGAAUUCUUGUUGCAUAGAUUAUUAAAUUUUCAGAUGAUGUGAAAAGACACUUUCUGGACAUCAUUUUCCUAUAGGAAGGGCUAUGUGUUGCAGUUCCACAGGAAAACAGAAUGUAGUCCUGGUCACAGAAUGUCGCUUCCUUUUAAAACAAAAAACCAUCUUACAUCCCCCCCCCCCCAAAAAAAAGCAAAUUGGGGGAAAUAGAGACAAGUACAUGCUUAAUAGGUGAGCCAAAUGAGAACUGAAUUUUGUAUAAUCAAAAUUCAGUGCCCUAAAUAGCUUCUUGUCUCUACCCUUGACUUGUGGAAAUUGAAUAAGAUAUGCAAUGUGAGUGAUCACACACGUUUUACUUGCAUACUUUAUAUAGUUCACAAAACUGCAUUUCUUGCACACACACAAAAAAACCCUCUGGAUUUUUGGAGUGGAUUUUUAAAAAAUGCACAGACCAUAACACACUCCUGCCUAUGUCUUCAUAUAAAAUUUAGGAGCUGUACUUCGUUUUGGAAGACUUUUCCAAUUUGGACUUUAUCCUUUUUAUUGUAAGACAUUUUUUGACAUAGAUUGAACAAGUUUCCUGUGGUGACCUUUUGUAGAGUUAAUGCAUUGCUGGGACUAAGUGAAACUAAAAGACCUCUCCUUUGCAGAUUAUUCACUCAGCUCCCUUCUGGUGUGGUUAGUCCCUCUUCCCAGCUGUAGAUUGCUGUGCAUUUGUGUUGUUCUUUCUUUGUUUUUGUUUUUUUUUUUAAUUACUUCCUAGGUCUUGUAUCAUGCACUGCAUGCCUUGCAAUUACCUGAUUUGAAUUCUAACUAGACAGCAUCAUAGUUCCUUCAGGUUAUUGAUCACUUUCCCUUUACAGUAUUUGUUUUCAUUGUAACCUUGCAGGGUUACUAGACCCCCCCCCCUUCCAGAACAGUGGGAAAUAACAUGCUUGUGGCCUUGAGAUUUGUUUCAUGUAGCUGACACCAUGCAGUGAAAUGAGCUGUCCUGUAUAAGGGACUUCGAUCCUUUUAGCAGUUAGAUUCCAAGUAAUGUAUCACAGAUGAAGUAAUGCUAGCAGCCAGCAUAGCUAUGAAAUACCUUAAUAGCCUGCUUCCUUAUGUUACUGGGUCUAUUAAAACUGGAGACUAGACAUUGGACCAGCUAAACAUUCAAAAGGUGAAGGUGAAGAACAAACCUGGUGAUACCUGAAGCCUUGAAGAGCUGUGGAAACAGCAACAUUCUACUGAAGAGGCAUGUGGAAAAGUUCAUCCAGGACACUUCUCCACUGAAAUUCUUGGAUACAUUUCUCAAUUAGGAGAGACCUACUCUUCAGGCCUCUUUUUGGUGUCCUUAUUUCUGGUUUCUCCCUAGGGGCAAGCCAAGUAUAACCUAUGUGAUUUGAUGUCCUGUGUCCUUCUAAACUACUCAAGAUGAAAUGGCCCUGUUCCCUACCACAGAGUAGGAGAGAAAUGCAUUUUCUGCACUACAGAUUCAGACUGUGACUUCUCUUCUUUGAAAUGUUUUCCUGCUUUUACAGUUGUGUUGUAACUAUUAACUUGUUUUUAUAAACGUCUUUAAUCCUC